CCCUGUCCCGUCCCGUCCCUCUCUAUAUAACGCUGUGAGCUCUGCUCUGAUGAAACUGUAAACUGACUCUGAGCUGAGCAUCUUCACCACUGAGAGCAUCCGGCUCCGCGUGCUUCUUUAUCUUCAGCUACGUCUAUUGUUGUUCUUGCUGUUGUUUUGUUUUUGCCCAUCCUCAAAAAUGUUUCCCGCGCACAGCGCUCUUCUCCUUGCCGCAGCCGUUGCUGCGUUGGCGUGGCUCGCGCGCGCAUCUUCAUUAUCAUCUUCAUUAUCAUCUUUAUCUCCAUCAUCAUCAUCAUCAUCAUCAUCCUCAUCUUCAUGGUCUCGCGGAUCCGGAGGUCCCGUGAUCCGCUGCGAGCCGUGCGACGCGGGCGCGCGCACCCUCUGCAAGCCCGUGCCGCUGGACUGCGCGGAGCGCGUGCGCGAGCCCGGCUGCGGCUGCUGCCUCACGUGCGCGCUGCAGGCGGGCGCGCGCUGCGGCGUGUACACGGGACGCUGCGGCGCGGGGCUCGCGUGCCGUCACGAGCCGGGCGAGCCGAGACCGCUGCUCGCGCUGCUGGAGGGUCGCGGGGUCUGCACGAACCGCACGAGGACCACGGCCAAGGGCGCACCGGGAGGCGCGCGGGACACGGGAGCCAAUCAGGAAGUUCACAGUGCCAGGAUUCCUGAGGAAGACCCCAGCAGUAACACCAUGAGUGCCCUGCUGCCAGCAGAGCACGAGCAGUCCACGCAUCACUUCGAUCCCAACGAGCAGCAACCCCCACCCUAUCCUCCACCGCACCACCCGAAGGUGGAGCUGAUUCAACGCGAGCAGAGCAAGAAAGAACAGAUCUUCAAACGGGAGGAUCCUCCAGCUGUGGUCCCAUCAGACAAGCAUCACACCAACUUCUCCUUCUACCCCAGACAGGAGCCUGAGUAUGGUCCCUGUCGAAGGGAAAUGGAGGACAUGCUUACUGGCUUAAAGAUUGCAGACAUGCUGAACCCACGAGGCUUUCGCAUCCCGAACUGCGACAAGAAAGGAUUCUACAAGAAACGACAGUGUCGUCCAUCCAAAGGCCGAAAGCGAGGCUUGUGCUGGUGCGUGGACAAGUAUGGUCAGUCCCUGCCAGGUUUUGAAGGAAGGGAGCGAGGCAAUGCCCAGUGUUACGCCAUGGACAACCAAUAGAGACCCCCAGACAGCGAAUUCUGGCGAGAUGGAGGGACUUUUUCUGUGAAGGAACAGCAGGAAUCGUUUUGUUUUCCACUCAGUCCCUCCGUCCUCCAUCUGGGACUGGUGCAUUGGUCCUCCAGGAGAAUAUCGAGGGAGGGGCUUUAAAAUGUUGGGCUUUAAAACGGCUCUAAUUUAUUUCUGUGUUCUACACGUUAGCCUUUCCUCUGAAGCCAGCAGAUGCUUGGACCCCCUAGACGCUUGCAGGAAAGGAAAAAGACUGAGCGAUUGCGAGAUGUUUUGGAGAUUUGGAAAGGACUGGUCUCGGGACGCGGCGAGGCCAUGGACGGUGGCCAGAAUUGAGAUAGAACUGACCGCGGAGGCCGGGGUUGAAGAGCACAAGCGUUACACAGCACUUCCCAUAAGCAUGUUUGUUUUUGUUUGUUUCUUUGAGACUCUACGUGUGGCUGUUGAACAUAUGAGCUCUCCCAUGUGG